CAUUCCCAAUGUCCACCCUCACAGACUCAAGGACUUUAAGCCGCGUUCUCGAUUUUGCUUUGAGUAGCCAUAGUAGCCUAAAUAUAGGAUUUGGGUUUUUAAAGAGGUUUUAGAGGUUAGCAAGGUGAACCAGGUGGCAUUUCAUUCAAAGACUAGCCAUGCAAAUUACCUGAUUUAAUUGGAUUUCCGCUUCCAUGCUAUCUUCAUAGUCAUGAGGUUUACAAUACGUUUUUACGGUGAUUUUCACUUUCACUUUAAGUUAUAAGAUCAUGAAUUUCCAAUGGAUUUCGGGAGUAAUUAUUUGUUGUGUAAUACUUGGACAAUUAAUCGCUGGAGACGUCCUGUAUGCCCUUACAAGUGGAAAUGUCACUAUCAAUCCUCAAUUUAAAGGAGACUUAAAAGAUAUCCUUUGGAAACACGAUGGUCACAAGGCGGUUGAAUGGGAUUCAACAGAACAUUUUCAACACUUUAGAGAAUUUAAGGGAAGAACAGAAUUAAAUACAGAGACUGGACAAAUCACCAUCAACAAUUUGACCGAUCAACAUAGUGGUACCUAUGAAGCAGAGGGAGUUGUUGAUGGGCAAAUGAAGAUUUUUAAGCAGAACAUAGAAGUCUUGGACCCUGUGCAGCCUAAAAUCAGCUGUGAGCUCAACAACACCAUAGCUACACUGAGCUGCAGAGCAAGGGGUCCACAGGUCAAGUACAAAUGGUUAGGUCCUGGCCAGGAGGAGGCAACAUGGAGUCAAGAGGAAAGGGGACCCAGCUUUAGCAGUCAUUCCUCAGGCUCAGACAACUACACCUGUGUGGCCAGAAAUCCUGUCAGUGAGAAGACCCAGUCAUUCUACACGAAAGACUGCCCACCUUUAGAACUGUCGAGGGAAACCUACGUGAAUGUGGUUACUGGGGUUUUUGUUGGUGUGGUUGGCCUUGUCGGUCUCUUGAUUGGCGUGAUCAUCUAUAAAAGAAAAGGCAAAGGAAUGAAACACUGUGGAGAGAGGGGUAGAAGCAUUUUGGAUCAUCAAGAUGUUGCUGCUCUUCAGCCGGGCGAGAACGGACAAGUCUGGACAGAGGCAGACAGCCUCAUCCCAGGACCAGGAGGAAACGUGGCUGAGAGAAACCAGGAGCCAUUUGGGAAGGAGUUCCAAAGUAUGCCCAGCAAAAUACAUGAUGUCAAGGAUGUAAACAAGGUCAACCUGAACAGCGAGGAGGCGAGAACAAUAGAGGCAGAGCAUGUGGACCGUCAGAUGUUGCUGGAGCAGAAAACUGGAACACAGAAUUCAAAUGUUACACAAGCCCUACAAUUUUCUCCUGGAGGACAGCCCCCACCGAAGCCUCCUCGAAAACCUGGCUCCAUCAGAGGCCCCUGUCCAACGCUUGUCAGGGACAAACAGUCAGUCCCCUGUCCAACGCUUGUCAGGGACAAACAGUCAGUCCCCUGUCCAACGCUUGUCGGGGACAAACAGUCAGUCCCCUGUCCAACGCUUGUCGGGGACAAACAGUCAGACAUUGAUACGGGUAACUAUGCGAAGCAAAGUUAUCAAGAGUCACCUGUCUGGUUUCCAGCUACAAGAGGGGCAGGUGAGGAUGAGGUAGAAAAGAGAGAGAUGAGUAUCGAGGAGGGAGGCUUAGAUUACGAGGAGGUGGGUGAGGAUGAGGUAGAAAAGAGAGAGAUGAGUAUCGAGGAGGGAGGCUUAGAUUACGAGGUGGGUGAGGAUGAGGUAGAAAAGAGAGAGAUGAGUAUCGAGGAGGGAGGCUUAGAUUACGAGGAGGUGGGUAAGGAUGAGGUAGAAAAGAGAGAGAUGAGUAUCGAGGAGGGAGGCUUAGAUUACGAGGUGGGUGAGGAUGAGGGAGAAAAGAGAGAGAUGAGUAAUGAGAAGGGAGGCUUAGACUAUGAGGAAGGGGGUAUGGAUAGAGAGGAGGGAGGUAAGGUUUAUGGGGAGGACGAAGAGCAUAAAAAGGGGGUGCAUGAGGAAGGAAAUAAAGAGAAAGGAGAUGAAGAGGAAGUAAGAAAACAGGAUACGGGUGGAUUUGAAAUAGAGAGGGAAGAAAAAGUGGAAAGCUGUCAAGGUGGAACUGAAUGUGAGGAUAAACGAGAGGGCCAAUUGCCUGAACUAAGGCCCGAUGAGCAGCGGACAGAUGCGGAAGCCAGCACUCACUGUGGAACAGGAAAAACCACCAACCCCUCAGAGAACGGCUCACAAAGACAGAGCUGUCACAAAUCAUCGCCUCCACCCUCCAACCCACGUUCCCCACCACCUGUGCCCCCAAAGCCAUCAGUAAGACAUAAUGCUAGGCCUACAUGAGAGGUGACACUGUCAUAUAUGGAAGGUACUGUCCCCACAUAAAUAUUGUGUGAUCUGACACUUUGUUACAUUACCCAAGUGGUCCUUUUAACCAGCUCACCAUUCGAAACCAGUUAAUAGUGUAUAGCCUACCUGCAUACGUGCACAAAGUAACAAAUGGAGACCAAUGCAGGUGCGAUAGAUUGAUUGGAAUAAAAAGGGAGCUUGUGGGAGGAAUAUUGUCUAUAUGUAUUUUAGACGCAUUGCAUGUGGCUACUAGCCUAUUCUAUUACAUUGUAUGAUUGAAAUUCUUGGGGUUAUGAUUCUGUUAAUCUAUGGAAAUGGUUACCACUUCUUUUGUGAUUGUCUGUCAAUAAAAUGUUUUUUUUAAUGAC